ACUUACUUUUGCGCUGAAUUUUCGGGGGUUUUGAUUUCUUCGCUUUGACCAAAAUUUUAUGUCGGAGAGCAUAUGGUGAUGGGAGAGGCUGAUCUUCUACAAGCGGAUGAGUUUCCAAAGCGUCCACGAGCAGUUUGGACCCGAAUAUAUCCCGGAAUAUCUCCACCAUCAAUUUUUGUUGCUGCUGGCACAAAUGAUUUUCUAUAG